CAUACGUCGAAAAUUCGGCGUUUUGCCAUCAAAUCUGAAUGGUUAUCUCUCUUAAAAUACUAGUUUUCGUGUGAAACUUACGUAGGAUAUAAUCUAAGUGAAUUACUUUAGUAUUUGGUGUAAUUUAUACGAUCUACAAGGAUGCCACCUAAAAAAGUUGAAGAACCUGAAAGGAAACCUCUGAUUGGUAGAGUGGGUACCAAUUUGAAAGUGGGCAUUGUGGGAGUACCCAAUGUGGGCAAGUCUACAUUCUUCAAUGUUCUGACCAAAAGCCAGGCUGCUGCAGAGAACUUCCCCUUCUGCACCAUUGAUCCUAAUGAAAGCAGGGUACCGGUGCCGGAUGAGCGAUAUGACUUCCUCUGCGAAUAUCACAAACCAUUGAGCAAAGUGCCUGCGUUCCUGAACGUGGUGGACAUCGCGGGUCUCGUGAAGGGCGCGGCGGAGGGCCAGGGGCUGGGCAACGCUUUCCUGUCCCACAUCAAGGCCUGCGACGCCAUUUUUAAUCUUUGCCGCGCUUUCGACGACGAAGACGUGAUCCACGUCGACGGCGAGGUGAACCCCGUGCGCGACUUGGAGACCAUCGCCGAGGAGCUGCGCCUCAAGGAUGAGGAGCAGCUCAUGAGCUCGCUCGAGAAGCUAGAGCGCACUGUGGGCCGUGGCAGUGACAAGAAACUCAAGCCGGAAUAUGACGCCCUGUUAAGAAUAAAGGCGGUUUUAGUUGAUGAAAAGAAACAUAUAAGAUUCGGGGACUGGAGUGCAGCUGAUAUAGAAAUACUAAACAAAUAUUUGUUUAUCACAUCAAAACCAGCGCUUUAUCUGGUCAAUUUGUCUGAGAAGGAUUACAUUAGAAAGAAGAAUAAAUGGUUACCCAAAUUGAAGGAAUGGAUCGACAAGAACGACCCGGGCGCGCCGCUCAUCCCCUUCUCAGGCGUGCUGGAGACCAAGCUCAUGGACAUGGAGCCCGCAGAGAGGCAAGCCUUCCUCAAGGAACACGGCAUCACCAGUGCAUUGGAUAAAAUCAUCGUGUCAGGCUACAAGGCUCUUCAGCUGGAGUACUUCUUCACCGCCGGCGCCGACGAGGUCAAGGCCUGGAUUAUACAGAAAGGCACAAAAGCGCCACAGGCCGCGGGUCGCAUCCACACCGACUUCGAGAAAGGAUUCAUCAUGGCUGAAGUCAUGCACUAUAAGGACUUCAAGGAGGAAGGCUCUGAAGCGGCCUGCAAGUCUGCCGGGAAAUACCGACAACAAGGCCGUAACUACGUGGUUGAGGACGGUGACAUAAUCUUCUUCAAGUUCAACGCCGGCGCGGGCCUGAAAGACGCCAAGAAGAAAUGACGCGACAAGGUCCUGCUUCUGUUAGUACAUUACCUGUACUUGAACUUGGUUCUUUAUUCUCUAAUGCACGUCGCCUAAACGUUUUAACAUUUUUUAUUUACAAAAUAAGGUUUCAAUGAGUGAAUACAUAAUAAUAUUUAUAUUGAUCGUCUGUGUGAUGGAAAGUAAUAAAGCUUGUUGAAGAUUGUAA